UGCAUAAGACAUUCUGGUGAAUCACACGUUCUCUGCACGUGAGGCAGCCUCUGUGAAACACUAUAUAAUCAGGGCUGCGCUGCCACGAGUUAGUAUACGCCAGCUUCAAUGGUGGUGGCCGCUGCAGCCGAGCACCAAUAUGCUCGUGAAGCUGGUGCUGGUAACUUGUCUUGGAGUCGCAACUGCCCGUCCAAAAAUGCGAGGCGGCCAGGAGCUCGUCCUACAUACUGGUGGUGCAGCAGAAUUAAUACGGAGUCCACCAAACGCUUCGUGCACCACCAUCGCCAUAACGGACAGUACCACCACUCCUCCAGACGUCGUGAAGGAUCUGUUCGGAAAAUCAACGAGGGACCAGUGGCAAGUGAUGGCAACAUUUGAGGUGACUUUAGAGAAGAGAAACACCACCAUUACUGAUCGCCUGUCGAAGUUGAUCCCCUUAGUACGUCAAGUAGGUAACUCAGAACAGUUUGCCCAUGUGAUGUACUUUACUAAGUACUUUUCUGCCUGUUUAUCACAUAGGACACGAAUAGACGACAUGGGUUCUUAUGUUCCUCUCACACAGAUGUGGAUUCAGAUGCUGAUGUUGGAGUAG